AUGUACAUAACUUUUGCAGUAGUUGAGCGUGAACAAUUGGCUGAAGAGACACCGAUAUUGUACAGUCUAACGGUGAGUGACACAUCGCCAUUGCCGAGGCAAAAAGAUGCGGUUGAAGAGAAUGAACAUCAGUCGAAAGUGGUUGUUGCUACGAAGGCGGCGGGUGGCGACGAGAACAAGGGUGGUACACAACUUGAAUCGACAGCUCUGCAGACCGUUCCUGCUGAAAGCACUGCGAUCACCGCACAAGAAAAGGAUAAGGAGGAUGAAAAAAUGGAAGUUGACUCAACCACUCCGACGGAAGGUCAAGAAGAAAGCACUGUAAACACUCCGCCAACUUCAACAUCUCCAGCCCAAGAAACCGCCGAAGCAGUGCCGGAAGCUCAAGCUCAAGCGCAAGCAACAGAACCCACUCCAGAAAGUACUGUUGUGUCUAAUCAAGAAGCAACUCCCACUACGCAAGUGAAUUGUGCAUCUCAAGAAGCUACCUCUGACUCUUCUGCGACCGAGACUAAAGCACCUGAACAAGAGGCAAAAAUGCCCGAAUCGACAACGCCAACAGUAAAUGAAGCAAACAGUACAGAACGAGUUGACUAG